UCCUAGUCUGUGAUCAACAUCGGUGGAGCUGCUGCCUGCGACAUGACGGAGCUGUUCGGGCCGAUCUAACGCACCUUUCCCCCCCCUACCGGGUCUCGACGAGGGUCCGCGGGGACGAGGCGUGUUUACGAGACGAGGAGAGCAAAGAGGGGCUCUCGCCUCGUCCCUCCUCCGGCCUGUCUUGUGACCGACACAGGUGGAUUUGCGGCUGGAACACGGCAUCGACAUGGAGACAUAGUACUGGACUGCGAAGGGAGCUGGUCGACCACGUCACUCCCCAGCUAACCAGCGGGACAUUGGAGCCGACGCUCGGGUCAAUUGCCCUCAGAGAGACGGGCGGCGGGGGGUUGGACCGUUCUUCGUGUUAGCUUGCUAAUAGGCUAAUUUCGCUAGCUAGUCGGUCCGCGGCGGUGGGAUGCUCGAAGGAGGAGUUAGCGUCCGUCGCUAGCACGCGUUCAUUCGAGGAUACACAGCUGUUUAUUAAACCACCUGGCAAAGGAGACAUUUAACAUUAACGCUCCGACCGGAGGUUCACUCCACUUUAACGCACAGCGCAGCUCGUCUCCUCGUCAAAUGAGCUCCCCGUGAGUGAGACGAGAUAAUCGGCUAGGAAAGCUAAUGUUGACAAACACCGGUGACUUCAAUUAGCAUCGUUUAGAACCGUGUGGUUGGCAGAGGUGCUGCCUCUCGUGAUAACCCGCUCAGCUGGGAGAGACCUCACCCCCGGGGAUUGUUAGCGGCUGCCGGGCAGAGGUGAAGCAUGUUGACUCUGGAUGUGCCGGAGCUCAAACACUCGGCUUCAGCCAGGAGAGGAUCAGCCAUGACAGAGAGGGACACACACACUUUGAAACCAGUACAACAUGCGGUAAGGCCGUGAGACUAAUAUGACCUCUGAGUUUAGGUAACGUUCUUGUCCGCACGUGGGAGGCGACCACUGAACUUAAAACAACAAAUACGACUUGUUAGUUCAUUGCCUGAUGUGACGUCGUUUCCAAAACAACCCGCCCUCUUUAAAUCAUAUUAACGUAUGUUACAGUUUUAUGUCAUCACAGCACCUGCCAACCUUUUUUAAUGUUAGACAACGCUUUUUAGUAAAUCCACAUAUUUACUUCAAGGUUCCUCUGAAAGGGUGUAGUGCCUUUUUUUUAAACAUGGCAUCAAAGUUAAGGAGCUGGAUCUCCACAGCAGUGAGAUAAGACAUCACCAGCUUCUCUGAGGUGUGCCAAGGGGAAUAAUGGAACCGACCAUGUUGUCUGGCCCUCUGGGGCACACACAGUGGGAGUCAGACCAGCCAUUUCCUCUCGGAUUUCACACCCUGGAUUCAGACAACGGAGGCAUGCUCUGUCCAAACAAGAGUGGCCAGACGGGUUUGGAUUUCAGAGACAGUGACCGAGAUCACACAUCCCAACAAAGUGGUGAAGCCGAGGAUUUCCAGGACGAGCCCGGAGUGGAGUUGGGAAACCUCAUAAAUAUCUCUGAUUUCUCUUGUGGAGAUUUGCAGUUUGAGGCCGACCAAUCCGCACUUUCCAAAGCUUCUCUCCAUAGUUCUCGGCUCGGGGACUUGACUUCUACAGAACAAACUGAGGCAACUGAUGAAAUCAAUGACUUUACUUUAUCAUGGUUAUUUACUCCAGACCUCACUGAUGUGGUAGGAAAGAUGUCUGCCUUUGAGGAACUGAAUCUGACACAGGAGGCCCCUCUGGAGGGCUCACAUGCCCUCUGUAGUCAGGGCGAGCUAAUAAGCUUCAGUGUACCUGACUCUCCAUCGAACAUUUCCAUAAGGACCAACACAGGGGAUCCUUUUUCGUUGGUAGAGCUCCUCAAAAGUGAACCCAUGUGUCUCCCCCUGGAGUGUUCAGGUGACUUCAACCCGCUGGGUGUCAGUGAGGAGCUGGUCGACCUGUCACAGGAGGAGCAGGCGGGUCUCCCUCCCUUACAGAGCAGGGAGACAUUGUCACCUGAAACCAGAGACAACAGUUUAUUUCCUGAUGAUCAAGUGACUGAUCUGCAUGUAACCAGUAGCUCUACAGUUCAAAGUUUGCCGGAGAACUGCCUGCCGCCAAACCACAUUAGCACACCACUGGAGUGUAUCGAAGGAUCUGUGCCUUUGUUGGAUUUAGAGGUUCAAGAUUGUGACGGCAGUUUGUUCCUGUGCGUGGCCAGUCCUGCCUCGGUUAUCUGCACAGUUGCGCCUGUGCUACAUUUAUCAACAGAGGAGUCAGAGGUGAAACACGAAGGAGCUGCUGUAACUACAAAUCUGACAUCUGAGAAACAAGGUGACAAUGACUCAUUCGCUACGGGUUUGUCAGUGGACACUUCAUCACUGACUGUGCCUCUGGCUGAAGAUGCCUUCACCCAGGGUGAUUUCACCAGUGAGAGUUACUCUUCGGAAAAUGUUUCUGAGGAUUUGAGGGUGGACAAAAUUUGCUCUGAAGCCCAAAAUCUGCCGAAUGAGGCAAUGGCUUUGGAUCUGUGCUUGACUGCUGAUGAGGUCCAUGACGAGGAAACCUGGGACUUGAAACAACAGGAGAGUGUACAGUGUGGAAGUGUUCCUGAUCCAACAACUGAACAGAGGGAAGAGGAGAGUGUGAUCGACUGCCACCAGCUCGAGGAAUCAGAUUGUCAUGAAGUAGACUCUAUUGAUAUUUCAGUUCAGGACUUUGACAGUUCUUCUCCUCACGCUGGAUGGACUAGUGAUCAAAAUGUGGAGACGAUUUCCCUCUCUAAGAUGGUGGUAGAUGACUCACUGCCAAUGGUUUCUGCUGUGAAUACAAGGGAGGAUGAUGUCUCCCCGCUAAAAGAUGUUUUUGAUGCUUUGGACCAAGAUGGAGAUGGCUUUGUUCGGAUUGAGGAGUUUAUGGAGUUUGCUGCUGCUUAUGGGGCCGAUCAGGUGAAGGAUCUGACCAAGUUUUUGGAUCCCAGUGGUCUUGGGGUGAUCAGCUUUGAAGACUUUCAUCGGGGGAUUUCUGCAAUAAGCAACGGAGGUCCAGAGCCACAGCUCUACAAUGUAAACUACAGUCCAGGCGAUGGAGCGGUGGGCUGUCCAGAGGAAUAUGAUGAGCAAAAUGAGGUGACAGACAGUGCAUAUCUGGGCUCGGAGAGCACGUACAGUGAGUGCGAGACCUUCACUGAUGAGGACACGGGGGCCCUCGUACCCCCUGAGAUGCAUGAGGAUGUGGAGACGGACAGCGGCAUCGAGGCCACGCUGCACGACCCCGAAGACAGCAGAAAUAGGUUUUCCCUUAACUCUGAGCAUCAUAACCACUCCGUAGUGACGGUCAUCAGUGGAGAGGAGGAGCACUUUGAGGACUUCGGUGAAAGCAAUACCUCAGAGCUGCUACUGGAGAGCAGCGUGGAGGGGACCGAGGGGGAAUGUGACUCACCUCUCGCGCAGCCCCUGGAGCAGGUCAAUGGCUCCUCACUUCUGUCUCCCAGCGCACCUGCUCCUCUCCCUGACUGCUUUCAGAGCUUCCUCAGGGAGGAAGCGCUGGACUUUUUCUGUAGCCAGUGUCACAAACAAAUAAGUCGUCUCGAGGACCUCUCCACCCGCCUCAAUUUCCUAGAGAUGACUAGUGCUGGUAAGAGGCUGUCCAGCAAGAAAGUAGCAAGAAAUCUCCUCCAGAACAGCUCCAUGACUCUGGACACCAUGAGCGACUUAACGCGGGACAUCCUGGAGCUCGCUGACAAUGACAUCACAGACAAGGUGCUCCUCCUCGAGCGUCGAGUGGCCGAGCUGGAGAAGGAGUCGGAGGCCUCGGGGGAGCAGCACACGCGGCUGCGCCAGGAGAACCUUCAUCUAGUGCACCGGGCCAACGCCCUGGAGGAGCAACUGAAGGAGCAGGAGGUCCUUGCGGACGAGCAGCUACAGCAAGAGACCCGUCGCCACAAGGAGGCGCUGAGCAAGCUGGAGAGGGAAGGAGGGCUGGAGGAGGAAAACCUGCAGGCCAGGCUGCAACAGCUGGAUGAGGAGAACAGUGAGCUUCGGUCCUGUGUUCCUUGUCUACGAGCAAACAUUGAGAGACUAGAGGAGGAGAAGAGGAAGCUACAGGAUGAGACGGAAGCCAUGUCGGACCGACUGCAAGAUGAGACGGAGUCCCGCAGAAAGAUGGCAGACAAGCUGAGCCACGAGCGCCACCAGAGCCACAAGGAGAAGGAGUGCACGCAAGAGCUUAUUGAAGACCUACGUAAACAGCUGGAGCACCUACAGCUGUACAAGUUGGAGGCUGAGGCGAAGAGAGGACGCACGCCUGGUGCCGGGCUGCAGGAGUACCAGACCCGCACCCGCGAGGCCGAACUGGAGCAAGAGAUCAGACGACUCAAACAGGACAACCGCAGCCUGAAGGAUCAGAACGACGAGUUAAACGGCCAGAUCAUCAACCUGAGCAUCCAGGGAGCCAAGAACCUGAUGUCGGCCUCCUUCUCCGACUCCCUGGCAGCUGAGAUCAGCUCUGUGUCUCGCUCAGAGCUGAUGGAUGCUAUCCACAAACAGGAGGAGAUCAACUACAGACUCCAGGACUACAUCGACAAAAUCAUUGUGGCCAUCAUGGAGUGCAACCCCUGCAUCCUGGAGGUCAAAUAGACUCCACACAGCCUGGGGGCCAAUCGGAGUGAGGUCACAGGCUGUUUAAACAAUACUGGAAACUUUGAUGAAGGAGAACUACCCGGAGAGGAUGUAAAAAUAUUCGGACGUCGUUUUGGUAGAAAUAAAACAACAACGCACUCAAUUCAUCCAGCACUCCCCCCACCCCACCUCAAAAAUGAAGAAUUGAUCAAGUCCAUGGCUGUCAGUGGAAAAAUAAGCUACUUUGAGUUAAACAUCCCUUGAGUCUGUUCUUAUUUGUGAGUAAAUGCGUUUGCCCUCCUGAAAACACUUGGGUUCUGGUGACUUCCAUGUAUUUGGCUAGAGGGACCUGAGUCGAAUGAAUGUGUGAGAGGUCAGUGAUUGAGAGAAGAAAUUUACCCCCCCCCCCCAAGAAAAAAAAAAACAGUGUCAAUGUUUGAUUGAGCUAAAAAACUAACAAACAGGACAAUUAUACCUAAAGGCCUUAAAUGAAAGGUGAUACAUGAAUUAAACGCACCAUACUUGCCUCGGUUCAGUCAGUGGGCUGAGAUCUCCUGAUCCCGGCUGAGUCAUGUUUUCAUCACAAAGAGAGGAAGCCGUAUGAAGCUCCGAUCAGGAGACGAGCGGGUUUGGUCGUUAAAACGUUAAAAGCUUGCUUUGCUGCCUAAUAGUCCCUAUAACACUGUGUUCUGUCCACCCAAGCUCUUUCCAGUGAACCCAAGCAAGGGAAGUGUGUAGGGGUUGAGGUAGAGAAAUCCCCGGAGGUUAUCGUUGUGUGUGUUUGUGUGUGUUUGUGUUUGUUUGAGGUGUUUUGUGUUAAGGUUUUGAAAAAGCUCGGUGACACGAGAAAGCAUAACGAGAAUGGCCCAGUCGUUCUUGAAACUCUCCCAAAUGAAGGAACGCGGUGGUUCUAUAAUGUGCUUCAUCAUCUCAUUUAUUCUUUUACAAUGAAACAGGGUCCCGGAGCUCAGGUGGGCUGUGAGCUUCAUGUGGAAUAUUGACUACGUCCCCCCCGUCACUGCCUGGCACAAAAACCUAUGUCACUAAAUCUAUACCGACUGUAACUGACAAAAUCUUACCACCUCAUCACUUUAUAAAACUCUGCAAACACUUGAAUUUAGCAUGAAGGGAAACUGCUGAGUGACUCUGGGAGUUGUAGUUCAAGUUUUCUCAGCCCACCUGAUCCCAGUGUUGUCUUGUUGAGUGAAAGUGACGGAGAGCAUUCAGGUUACCAAUGUUUUGUUUUUUUUUCUUUUGCGGUCUUUGCUGCACAAGCGAUUUAUUGUCAGUAAAAAUGUAACGCGUGACUGAAAACUGCUGACAUCCUGGAGGUUGUACUUUGCACUAAGUUUUGUUUUUGAUUUCUUUAUUGUUGAUAAAAAAAAAAAGUUUAUUAUGAAGGGAUCAAAUGUCAAAUUGAAUAUAUUUUGUAGGCUGCGUGAAAAUGAUAGAAUGUUGGACUUGUUGCUACAGACACACCAGAGAAAGUAAGGGGCUGGGGGGUGUGCUGCAGGAGAAAAAGAAAACAAAUCACACUAUUCAUAAUGCCAUGUUGGAAAUAUUAGAGAAUACUACAAAAAUCAGUUUUCACUCUAAUCCUAUUUUUUCAGUCUUCAUAUGAGCUUUUUCCCUGACUAUCGGCCAGUUUAGUUGUUUUUCAGACCUGAUCUGCUUAGUAUUGAAAAGACAGGCGGACUUUGGGAGCAAUAAUCCGUGACGAGAACGUGGACAUUAAUGCAAAACCGGUAAAUCAAACCUGCUUCUUUAUUUCCUCCUCUGCUCAAGCAACAUCUGCGUAUUUGGACUGGCGCCCUGCUUGACUCUCCUGGACGUUUCUUUCUGACUCAGAAACUGGACAAAAAAUGUUGAUUGACCCACCAGAUGUCUGGACGGAGUUAUCGCCUCGGAGGUGUUUUUUGUCCAGACAGCAUGGCGUUCAGCACCAGUAUGCUAAAUAAGGAAAUUCCACUUUUCACCUUCGGUUUCAUCUCUCACUUCUCCUCUUCACCUGCCACUCCCUGGAGAAAAAAUGGCCUUGGAUGUAAAUGACUUGUACAUGUAAAGUUUUUCUACACUCACUCUAGAUUCUAGGUAUUUUUAUAGCCAGAAGAGGAAAGAACAUUUCUUUUUCUUGUCUAAUGCUGAGAGACAGCUGCCUGUAUUCUUCUCUAGCAUGUAGCGUGUACAGUAUCUGUUUAUUUUUCUCUCUCCUUUUAAAACCACCCGCAGAUAUUUAUUCACCAUUCGACACAAACACAACUCAUGACUCUGAUCUAUUCCGCCGAGAAUAUAUUUGUACAUUUUUUUUUGAAUUUCACAAGGGGAGAUCACUAGCUCAUGGUGAACUAUUCUGUGGGAGAGUUUAUUGAAUUAAGAGACACGUUUUGAAGUGUUAUCGUAUGAAAAGGCUUGAACGUGACCUGCUCUUCAAAGGUCGUUUGUCGAGGUUGUCACACUCUUCCGUUACGCUGAUGCAGCUUUGACCUCAUCAGUGUAUUUUUAUUUUUUUUUGACAAAUGGCAGAGUAUGCAGUUUCUACUGUUGUCUUCCCAGACAGAGUCAGGCACUGCAUGGAAAAUCGAUUUGUAUUGUACUUCUCGGAUUCCGUUGUUUGACCUAUGUUUUGACUGACAAAUCAUAUGCUAUAAUAUCCCAUCAGUGGAGUCGUCGGUUGUGAGACCUUGUGAUAUCUGCACAUGACACUGAAAAACCUCAUAUCCAGGCUGGCUGAUUUCAGCUUCCUGCCUUGUAGUGCACUCGGAGGUUCACGUUUAACGCUUCAUUUAGUUAGAUUAAUGAAUCUUUUGUGCUUCUCGAAGAGGAAACACGUUGACACCUGAACACAGCAGACUAUAUAUCGCAGUUAUUUCUCGCAUAUUUUAUUGUCAGCUUUUGACAGAUAGUUUGAGGACAACUGGCAGCAGACUAACUUGACAUCACAUGAGAGCACAGAGAUGAUAAAACCAUUCCCUUUGAGCAGAGCUGUAGGGGACUGCACUUUAACCAGAUCCAGUUUCUCUCUAUCGCUUAUAAAAAUGACCAAAGACGAGAUGUUUGAGCUUAAACUGAUCAUUUAAUCUAUCAGGGUCCGUGAUCACACUUUCGGUAACACUUGUUCUAAUCAAUCACAAAUUGACAGACACUCAGCCUGCUCUAGAAAAGAAACUUGCCUGCUAGUUCAAACACUACGCCUCUGUGUCUCAAACUUUGCCUCUAAACUAACCUGAUGAUGAGCCCUGGGGAAAGCACUGACCACACGACUGUCAGUUCGUUAAAUUAUAACAAUGAAAAGCUAAACUGUAAAUAUGAAUUGUCAUUUUUCUUUUUUUUGUGGACUUUUCUUUUCUCUCUCUUACAGUCACUUCCAGUGUCCAAAGAAAGAUGGCUCAAGGCACAAACGUCACUACUGAAGUAGUGCAUGGCUUGGGAAGAUAAAAAGAGAAUAAUUGUAGAAAAGAGAAAUUAUAAAAGUUAAAUUUAUUCCUAUUUUCGAAAAAUAAAUGUAUAAAUUAUAACGGUAUUGGUUACAGCUGUAUAUUAUUUUUGAAGAUUCCCGAUCUAAUCCUAAUUGUUACUGGGGAAAUAUAAUUGCAGUCAUUGUAAAAAGAGAACAUUUUAAGGUUAACAGUGAAAGUAAGAAUAGAAAAAUAAAUGGAAUAAAAGCA